AAGGCGCCUAUAUAAAAAUCAGCGCUAAUCUUCAAUUGUUAGUAACCUUAGCAUCUUCAAAAACUACUGAAGAGGAGCACAUAAUGCAUUUUCCGGUAAGCCUUCAAAUAGUGGGCCUUUUGUGCGUGUUCUUCGGCAGCAUCAGCGCCCACCGGAGCGGAGGCGGCGGCGGAUGCUCAGGGGGCUGCUCUGGAGGAGGCAGCACCAUAAUUGGUCCAAGCGAUCCAGGAGCCACCAUCCAAGGGCCCGGUUCGCAAGCUAAUAUUAUUGGUCCAGAUGGAGGGCGGAUUUCCGCAUAUGAGGUGGGCGGCAAAAUUUACGUGCCUCCCAAACAAGGUGGGAUAAUCCAGGCCUCGUAUUCUCCCGGUUACGUUUCAACUGGCGGUAGUGGAUAUUCUGGAGGCUCUUCUGGGGGCAACGGGGCACCAGCGAUUUAUCCGGGGGCAAGUACAGGGUGUGGAGGCGGCUGUGGAGGAGGCUCUUCUGGGCAGGUUCACCCAGGGGGGCGUGGCAGUGGAGCUGAAGGGCAAGUCUAUCCGGGGGGCCUCGGCUCCGGCGCAGCCGGCCAAUGGCAGCCCGACUACAGGGAGAAGCAAUUUGAUGACGGUCUCUAUCAUGGAGAAGGGGGCUACUCAGCCCAAGCAGGGGCAGGAGCGGGAGCUCAUUCAGGCGCGGGGACUUAUGGUGGAUGCAAUAGUUGCGGCAAAUAACUCUUGAGGACCUGAAAGCUAAUGUAGAUUGAAAGAAAUAAAACACCUUUUCCCAGUU